GUGAAUUUUGGUAAUACUGGGGAAAUCAUCGUGCGGGACGGUGCGGAACGUGCGGAAGCUGAGGAAAGUAGCGUAUAAUGGCCGAUGUUCCUAGUGAUGCCCCAGAACAUUGCCCUGGCACUCAGAGUGAGUCUGCCGGGAAAGUGUCGGCAUGUCAGGGUUGUCCAAACCAAUCAAUAUGUUCAUCGGGUGCAGCAAGAGGACCUGAUCCAGGGAUUGAACUAGUCCGUAAGAGACUGGAAUCUGUAAAACAUAAGAUUCUUGUCUUAUCUGGGAAAGGUGGUGUGGGGAAGAGCACUUUCACAUCGUUACUUGCACGUGGACUAGCUGCAGCGGAUUCUGAUAGAAAUGUGGCCAUUCUUGAUAUUGACAUCUGUGGGCCUUCAAUUCCACGUGUGAUGGGGGUUCUGGGUGAACAGGUCCACCAGAGUGGCUCAGGAUGGUCUCCAGUUUAUGUAGAGGAUAACUUGUCCGUUAUGUCCAUUGGAUUCCUGCUCUCAAGUCCAGAUGAUGCGAUCAUCUGGAGGGGACCAAAGAAGAAUGGCAUGAUCCGUCAGUUCCUGAGUGAAGUGGAUUGGGGUGCGCUGGACUACCUUGUAAUAGAUACACCCCCAGGAACAUCUGACGAACACCUCUCAGCAGCACAGUACUUGCUGAAUGCUGGACUGACUGGUGCCGUCAUAUUGACAACUCCUCAUGAGGUGGCACUGCUGGAUGUGCGAAAGGAAAUAGACUUUUGUCGCAAAGUCAGUAUCCCUGUGCUGGGUGUUGUAGAGAACAUGGCAGCUUUUGUCUGUCCAAAAUGCAAGACAGAAACAGCCAUUUUCCCAGCAAAUACAGGUGGAGGCAGCAAAAUGGCAAUGGAGCUCGGAGUUCCGUUCUUAGGUAGUUUGCCGCUAGACCCUCGACUGGCUCGCAGUUGCGAUGAGGGAACUAAUUUCUUGACUGAUGUACAAGAUUCUCCUACCACAGUGGCAUUCAACAAACUGUUGAAAGAUGUUGUGGAAGCAUGUGAAGAAUCCAGAAGCAGCUGAUUUACUAUAACAUGAAGCCAUCAGAUCAAAUUAUCAUGAAGGUGUAUAUAAGUUUUUGAGGUGGAUUUUUCAAUUUACCUAAUCCUUCCAGCUGCACUAUGGCCCUGGG